AUGUCCGCCGCCGGUCCUCAUAACUCGCGGAGCCGUGCUGGGUCGAGCACUGCCGCCCAUGAAAAGCAGCGCCUCGCCCACAUGCACGGCUACGCCAUGGCGACGCCCAGCACAAGCAACGUCACCCGCUAUUUCGAGCCAUGUGCGGCAACGGCGUCCAUGUUUCUGUACGCCCAAGGGACCUCAGUCGUCUGCUGCAACUACGACACUCUGGCGAUAGAAAGACGGUUCGCACGGCAUUCGGAGGAGGUACAGCUACUGGCCGUCGACAACCACAGCGACAUUGGGGCGGGGAGAUUGGUGGUUAGCUACGAUGCAGGGCAGACGGCCAUUGUGUGGGAUCUCUUGACGGGAGACGAGGUUGCCCGGUUCGCCUCGUAUGAGAAUCUCACAUGCGCUGCCUGGAUGCGCAAUGGCAAUGUCGCCUUUGGCAACAUCCAAGGCAAUGUGAUCCUCUUCGAGCCCACAACAUCAGAGCACCUCUCCGCGAGGACGAUCGACCAGAUUGCCAUCACGGCCAUUUCACCUGCAGCCGACUGCAGGACAUUUGCAAUUGGCUACCAGAAUGGCUCGCUCCUGAUAGCGACACUUCAGCCAAGGUUUACAAUCCUGCAUAAUCUCACCACUUCGAGAGGACCGUCUCCGAUUGUGACGCUGUCGUGGCAUGCAUCGUCUCAUCGGUCAAAGUCCGACAUGUUGGCAGUACAGACGAACGACGGUGACCUUCGAGUUUGGAGCGUAGCCAAGGCGUACAGCACUGAUGACCCGGCCAAGAUUGUGCGCAUCUUGAAGAGAACGGAGAACUAUCUGACUGGGCCUAAUUGGAUGGGUUGGUCCAAGAACGGCCGGAUCAUCCAAUAUUCAGAAUCUGAGACGAUAUCGUGGGAUGUGCGGACAAAACAUGUCACCUAUGACACGAUCCCGACUCUGGAGACCAUCCGCGGGCUCGCGGUCUAUGGCCCAGCGGCCACACUCUUCACGCUCGGAGCUAACAACACCGUUCAGCAAUUCGACCUCAACGCACCAGCCAUGAUGGUUGCUAACGUACAGCACCCUGCAAACCUGCUCCCCCCAUCGCCCCCUAUUUCGCUAGAGGCAGAAGAUAGUAAGAACCAACCUGCCAAUGUCCCCGAGUCAGAAUCCCAGGUCCAGAUCACGUUCCGGCCAAGCGAACUGUCCGAGCCGGAAGAAGACAGGAGGUCACCAUUGGCCCGAUAUCUCCAGACGCAGUCGGACACCUCAGACACCGAACCGUAUCGGCCCGGCACCCCUGGUUCGCAGAUCAGCCGGUCGAGCGUGUCAAUAUCGUCGUCCACGUCGCAAACAGCAGCUCGCCGGUAUCCGGAAUCCAUUGUCUCGCGGGGCAUGACCGAAAACACGUACAUUUCAGCCGGCUCCUCGCUUAGGUCUAGCCAUGCUCACCUCCGGGAAAGGCGGGGGGAGAGGGAAUCGCUGUCGACCACAAGCUCGAUCUCGAUGGGAAGCUCUCACUAUCGCUCGGCUCACAAGCCAUCGAGGUUACGCCACGAGGUGCCUCGCAGCCCGGAAGACUCGAGAGUCGUUGAUCUCUUCAAGUUCACCAAGAGCCGUCUCGCGGACGUGCCAUACAAAGCUCCGUAUUCCACUGACCAUAGCCGCCUGACCAACGACGAUCUGCGGCGACAGAUGUUGAGCACUAUUUUUGGGUGGCACAAGGAUAUUGAAGAUCUGGUCCGGGACGAGAUGUCUCGCCAUCCCUUGGGCUCGACCAACCGCAUCUUGUUGGCGAAGUGGCUCGGCGAUAUCAGCACCGACAUCAUGGCCAUGGGAUCCGAGAACAUGACCUCCUCAGAUUGGAUGCUUUUGGCACUGAGCGGUAUUGGCGGGCAGGCAUCUCAGAACAAGCUGGGCCGUGCUUAUGUGCAGCGUCUCUUGGAGGGCGGAGAUGUUCACGCUGCCGCGACGAUCAUGGUUGGCAUGGGCGACCACAAUGAUGCGGUCGAGAUUUACAUUUCGCACAAGAGGUACAUGGAGGCGCUGAUCCUCACCUGUCUCUUCUUCCCCUCGGCCUGGGAGCGGCAGGAGCAGAUUGUCAGGAAAUGGGGUGAGUGGGCGGUGCAACAUGGUCAACAGCAGCUCGCCAUCCGUUGCUUUGCGUGUACAGGCCGGGAGUCGACGGAACCGUGGACCUCGCCGUCCGCGGCGCAGCUCAAUUUCCCGAGCAUCACGCAGACUGUUCCCGAGUUGGCCAGCCCCCCGCUUUCGCCUCCGGUGAUGAACCACGGCCCGCAGCGGAGUGUCGCCAAGAAUUCGGCGCUGAAGCUUAUCACUUCUUUUGGCGACGGGCAAGCCAAGAACAGGCUGUUGGCGAAUGUGGACGACGGCAAGACGCCAAUCGCCGCUGCGGGAACUCCCAUUCUGCGGUCGGCGCUCUCGCCCGGCGGCGAUGAUCCGGCUACAGCGGUCCUAGUAGGGAAUCGCAGUCAAUUCAACACGCCAGCAUCUGCUCGCCCGGUGCAGGGCUUCGGCCGUCAGCGGCUCCCCUCAAUUGGCGAAGCCCCUGAUUCCGGCUCCCGGGAACUCCUCACGGCGGUAACGAGACCGGGCGGAGACCCUUACGCCAACGCAUUCCAGUCGAUGGAUGUUAGGGACACCGCCGUCAGGAACCUUGAGCUGACGAGACCGAACACGGCGAGCCCGAGGUUGGUGAAGGAAACCGUCAAAGGGCAUCCUCCCCCCUCUCCGUCCCCGGCGGCGGUCGCUGCCUUCAUGGAGGGCAGAAAUUCCAGGAGGAACGGCUCUCGUAGCCGGAUUCCCGAAGGCCUCGAUCUGUCACUGCCCACAUUCAAGGACUCACUGCCAGACGAUCUCACGUCGCCAGAGCCAUCGGCACACUCGUCGGUCCGGUACCACUGGCCGUCUAGGCGAAGAGGCCCUGGCUCGGUCGCCAGCUCCGUGACAUCGGCGGCAUCGAGCGUUGCCAGAAGUCAGCGCGGUCAUCACCAUAGUCAAGGUAAGAGCUUGGAUGACUACAUUCACAGCUUGGAUACAGCGCAGAGCAGGCAACAAACUCGCGGGAGCAGCCGUGACGGCCGCCACGGGCGCGAUCGCAGUCAAUCACGCCAGGACAACCGCGAGAAGUCGCGGGAUCGCGGGCGGGCUGCCUCGCGCAGUUUCACCCCCAAAGGCGGGAAACGGUCUCCCAAGUCGCCGGUGCCGAUGUCGCCAGAGGAUCUGAUCAACUUGUCGACGCCGAAUCCGGACGUCGACCAGCUACACUCUCGGUCGGGUAUCAGGGGGCGGCUAAUUGAUCCGUCCCAUGAGCUGGAGCCGUCAAGCCAGCCGAGCACGGCGAGAAAGGUAGGCUACGCGAACCGAGACAGUUCCCGCGUGAGAGGGUCGAGCCGUACCGGCAGUCAAAAUGGCCGAGGCUCGCGUCGCGCGCGGAGUCCCGACAAACGCCAUGUCCCGCCGGCACUGGACCUCCGCGGGCGCUCGACAUCGCGUGGGCCGCCGUCGAACCGAUCACCGUCGUCGCCGCAACCCAUGUCGGCAAAUCUCCAGCAGCAUCACUACUUGUCCGAUGACGAGGAAGACUACAGGCAAGCUGUCGAAGCCCAGGAGAGGUUUCGGAAGAGGAACAAUCGGAGCGCAAGCAGGGCUAGUCGCGGAGACGGCCCUACUUCUCCGGUGUCCGUUCGAUCAACCGCCUGGUCAACUCGCGAGACAACCAGGGAGAAGUCGGAUAUCCGGCGAACUACAUCGCACGCCGGGUCAGAGGGCUCAUCUCGCCGCCGUAAGAUCGGCGCCCCGCUGCAGACUCCGGCGCCGAUGCAGCUUAUUACAGAUGUGUCUGGGGACUUGAAGGUCAUCAAGGAUGAGAGACAGCUGAAGAAGGAGGCAGCCGCGCGGGAGCUGGAGGAGCGGCGGAAAUCGCUUGCCAGGAGGCCCUCGGCACCUCCCAUCAUGCAUCCGGAUCAGAUCACGCCUGCGCCGCACAGCGGGACGCCGCCCUCGCUCAUGGCGCUUCCGAGCACGACCUAUGUGCCGCCCAAGAAGGAAGAUCUGCCGUCUCGCAGCGCGAGCGUGGACCCGUCCGCGGGGAGGAGCAUGUAUGCGAACCGCAAUGGCCCUGUGAUUGGGCUGCCGGCGACGCCCCGGGCGAUGCGGCUGGUUAUGGAGUCCGGGUCCGGUGGGCAUAACGUGCCCAUGCCGCCGAUCCCAGCCACGUUUGUGCAGGCAUCGCCUGCCAUGCCGGCACAGUCGCAACGCCAGUCACCGAGUAGGCAGUCGCCGAAGCGGGUCGACAGUGAAACAAAGGAGCGGCAUAUCGACGAUAUUCCCAUGCUUCUUCCAUCGACCGUCUACACGCCCCCACCCCCCGCCAAUUCAAGGCUGGCCGCUCAGAUUGGGAGAUCCAUGUCGGCUCCUCCCGUGGAUUUGGUGCAGCCACACAACCACUCCAGGAGACCCUCUGCUGUCAACUCGAUAUCCUUCCAGGGCCGAAGGCCGUCUCACGAUGCGAACGCUUUCCCCAGCCGGAGACCAUCCCAUGACACAGGCAUCCCGCCGCCACCUCCGCCGCCAGUACCCCCGAUGCUCAAGGAGCUGCAACACCUCGCGCAACCCCCGCCUCCGCCGCCCGCGCCACUGCCACACCUCGGAAACGGCCCCAAGCCGGUCGUCUACGGCGGCAGCUCGGGCAUGAUCGAGAUUGUCAUGGACGAUGACCAGCAGCAGCAGCAACAGCAAUCACAGCCGUACCAACAAUCGCAACAGCCCCCUCCCCCGCCGCCUCCCAUCCCCGCCGCCAUCCCCGUUAGCGAGGCCACCGUGCCCAUCAUCUCGGCGCCCAACCCACCGCCGCGCCACGGCAGCGUCAACCACAACCGCGGGCGAAGCAGCGUCGACAACAGCAUCGGGGCGCGCAUCUCGCGUGCGACGGAGCGCAUGCGCUCGGCCAGCCGCAACCGGUCGCAGCAGCAGCAGCAGCAGCAGCAACAGCAACAGCAUCAGAACAAUAGCAGCAGCAACAGCAACGAGAUGCAGUACGUGCCGGCGCCGUACGAGAGCGUGCCCCCGCCGAUGCCGAUGCCGCCGCAGCACCACAUGAGCUCAAUGAGCUACCGGCUGCAGAACCAGAUGGUGCUGCAGCAGGUGCAGGCUCAGGUUGCGCAGCAGGAGGGGAGGAAUGAGUUCCGCACGGGGUUGCAUCGGAGUGAGAUGAUUUAG